GUAAUGUAAAUGUCGAUGAUGUGGAACAACCAGAGCAGAAAAUUUUGACCAUUACUGAAGAUCUAUUGUCAUUGGAAUUAAAUUGCCAUAUCAAAGCAAAUCCAUGGAUUGACCAAGUGUUAUGGUAUUUAAAUGAUACUGUUAUCAAUGUUGUAGAUGAUUAUGAACAGAAAUUUGAAAGCUUAUCAUCAUCGAUUCAUGAUUUAUCGUCAAACAUUGCUAUUACAUUCAAAUAUUUCGAUUUAUUCAAUCAUAAUCAAACAUUAUUAUUGAAAACGAUCAAUCGUUUCCAUCAUUAUGGAUAUUAUCGUUGUAAAGCGGUUAAUUCAAUCAAUGAAAGUUUCAGUGAAAUUAUCAAAUUAAAUGUUGCGUAUGCACCUAAAUGUUUGAAUCCAGAAACUCAAUUCUUGAUUGUUCGCCGUAAUGUUGGCACAAUAAUAGUCGAUUGUCAAGUCGAUUCUGAACCGUCAGUCAAUGUUACCUAUAAAUGGUUGUUAUCAUCAUCACAGCUUUCGAAAUCAGUGGAAGAGGUGGAAACAAAAAUCAUGAUGAUGAUGAUGAUGAAUUCAACGAAAUGAGCGAUAUAGAAAAUAAUGGCCAUAAAAAACAUCAUCAAAUAUCGGCAAUGGAAACAAUCAUAACUGUCAAUGACAGUUCUUUAUUGGACGUGAUAAUCGCUGUAAAUCAAUAUUUCGAUGAUAAUCACCGUCAUUAUAAUGGCCAUCAAUUUGUUCAUAAAGAUGAAUAUGACGACAGAGAUUCGAACAUGAAUGAACCGAUGAUGGAUUCAUAUUCUACAUUGUUAUUACAAUGUCAAGCACAGAAUAUGAUUGGUAAGCAAAAAAAACCAUGCACGUUUAUGCUACACAUUCAUCCGGGUCCACCACAAAAGGUACAAAGCUGUAUGUUUCGAUUGGACAAAUCAAGCGAUUUAUCUAGCGACAAUGAACCGAAAGCUCUUGUUGAAUGUAUCCCGGGAAACGAUGGCAGCUUAUCAUCUUCAUCGUCGGGACAAUCAUUCCAUUUAAUUGGUUUAUUGUCCAAUACAAGAUGGCAGAAAUUCUGGAAUGAUUCUUUACAAAGCGAAAAUGAUUCAUCAAAAAAAUCACUAUCAAUGUUACGGAGUUUAAUCCUUGCUAUUGAAUCGAUGGCCAAAAAUAGUGAUAUUGAUGAUGAUGAACAAAUGGAAGAAAUUAAAAUUGAAAAUCAAGAUAGUGAUAUUAUUGGACAACAACAUCGAAUCAUAAUUGAAACAGAAAAAAUUCUAUUAUACACCCUAAAGGAAUUAAUCCAUGAUGAUAAUCAUUAUUAUGAAUCCGUUGAUCAACAACAGACAGUUCGAUUUCAAUUUGAUUCAAAUUUUAAUCCAGACAAUAAUAUUGAUAUCAUUAUUUAUUCGACAAAUUCCAUCGAUAUUAGUGAACCGUUGAUUUAUUUAAAUGUCAAUUUCAAUCAUCCUGUAGAUGAUGAUGGUAGUGAGGCCACCAACAUCGUCGUUAUUGGAUCGGGCAAUCAAUCAACAUCAUCCAUUGUAAUUAAUAAUCGUAAAAAUUGGGCCUAUUUACGUUUCAAAGGCUUGAUCGUCAUUAUUGUUUUAUUGGUCAUAAUUGCAAUUGGUUGUGCAUGGCUACGGCGAUUCCUAUCCACUACAUCGGUCAAUAAUGAUACACUUGGUACACAUCCACAUCAUCCAUCAGUAUUGUUGGCACUGAAACAACGGCGUCGACGAAAACAAAAUGUACGGGAUGAAAAAACAAAAAAUCUAAACCAACAAACAACAGUAUUGGAUGAAAAAUCUAAUCAUGAAGAAUUGAUUUCAUCUGCUGAAGUUCAUAAUGAUCGUCAUGAGAACAAUCGACAGCAGCAAAGUAUAGAUGCUGAUCAACAAAAUGAACCUGAUGAGAUUAUUCGACUAGACGAAGAUGAUGAUGCUGACAAAGUUAUUGAACAGCAACAGAAUCGUAUAUCGAGCAAACAUGACCCUAAUGAGUCUACAAUUCGAACGGAACAACAACAACAAACUUCUUAUUGUUGGCCAUCACGAUCAUCAAAAAACAUCAACCAUGAUCAAACAAAUCAACCGAAAAACAUUGAUUCAACAUUAUCAUCGUUGUCAUUUUCAUUGUCAUCAUUGUUAGAAUCUGUAUCAACAAAACAAAACCAAACAAUUCUUGAUCCAGUUGAGCCAACAUCAUUGGAAACAACAAUAUUAAUCAUAAUGAAACCGAUAAGAGAAUGUUUGGCUAUAAUCAAACGUUGCUUAAAUCGAUCAAUGAGAAAUGGAUCUCAUUAUGGAGCAUACAAUUUGUCAACAACGACAACACAUGACAACUUUUUUGUCAAUUUUGAUGAUUAUGAUGAUGACGGCCAGCAAGUUGAAGCUUCUUGUAUAGAUGACCACAAAUGGCGUAAUAACCAUAAUAACCAAACAUUAACCGAUUAUCGAUGUGUACAGCAAGAGAAUGAAAAGCAAUUCACUAAUUGUAACGACGAUGACGACCAUAAUGAUUUGAUCGACACCAAUAUAAUUGUAGCUGAAUUAAGUUCAAAUAGCAGCAGUAGCAGCAGCAGCAGCAGCAGCAGCAAUGACAUUACUAAUUCCAAUAUUAAUGGAUCGAAUCGUAAUGCAAUUGGUCUUAGUUUCAAUAAACGUAUGAUUAGACAAGAAUCAAACAGAACAACAGCAACAAAAACACGAUUGACAAAAUUAUUGAAUCGAUUGCACAUUACCAAACAGCCAUCGACAUCAACAUCAAAUCAACAUCAUCAUGAGUAUGAUCCAAAAACUUAUCGUACAACAACAACAUAUUCGUUUCUACCAGCGGCCAUAAUGGCCAACAAUGAUACAACAAAUGAUAACGUGGCUGAAACAACUAAAAAUGUUCAAUUACUUUAUGUAUCACAAAAAAAUCUAUAUUAA